AAAUUUUAUAUCAAUUAAUAACUAAGAUUUUUGGUUUCUUCUCAUAGUGGCUUUUGUGAAGUUAUGUUGGACGGAUAGUGAAGUAAAAGCCUUUUAAAGCCCAUAAACAAAAAGAUUUGGUUUCUUCUUCUAAGGGUUUCGAGCAAAAUUUCUGAGCAACGGCGACGAUGGGAGACACCGCCUUGGAGAAGACAGCGGAAGAGCUACGGCAUGAGAUCGAUGAGCUUCACCGUCAACAGCGUGAGAUUACGGAGAGGCUUCGUGACCCUCGUGGACUCCGCCGUGGAGGCUUCUCAAACGUCGCUCCUCGCAACCAAGGCCGUAGAGGCUUUCCUCGACCUGCGGAGAGGAAUGACGUAGAAGACGAGCCUCCUGCUAAAAGGAGAUUGUCUUCCGCCGUUGUUAAGGUCGACGGUGAAGAUGUUAGUAAAGAUGGAGAAUUUCCAGUUGAUGGUAAUGGAACCCAGGUUAAAGUUGGUGAGAAUGGGACUUCUGAUCAAAGUGACAAGAAGCAAUCUGGUCUUCAUCGUGGAAGUUGGUCCCAGAGAGAUGCAGAACAACGACGGACCAAUAAGCGUUACGAAGCUUUUGCAUUGCCGGAGCCUGCACCAAGGGUUUUACCUAAGAAUGAGGAUCCUAAACUGGUUAAUAGGAACAGAAGAAUGCUAGGGAAUCUUCUAGGGACUUUGGAGAAGUUCAGAAAAGAAGAUAAGCAGCGUUCUGGAACAGAUGCAUACGCCCGACGAACUGCAGCUCUACAAAGGGCGGAGGAAAAGGCUCGUGAAGAAAGUGAACGACUGAGGCUGCAGGAGCGUGAAAAUUUGACUGAAAAGAGGAGAAGAGAUCUUACUCUUCGGGCUCGUGUUGCUGCUAAAGCAGAACAAAAGAAAUUGGAAUUGCUUUUCCUUCAAUGGAGUGAGCACCAAAAGAAACUUAGCAAUUUUAUAAGUGAUGAGAUUGCUAACUGCUAUGUAUUUCAUUUGCAGGUUAUUUUUUAUUUCGGUCCAAAAAGUGUGCAUAUUGACAAUUUUAUAGAGGCAAAGAUAAGUUUCCAUUCACGUGCAUACAAAGGCAAUGUUUGGUGCUAUAGGACUAAAGCAGAGCCACGGAUAUACUAUGCACCAGUGAAGCCUUUGGAAGAAGAUACAAGUGAGGUAGAACAACAGAAAGAGCGGACAUUCUUAGAAUGGAAGGCAGCAAGGAGACAAGAAGUGAGUGAGUAUCAAAAGGAGAUAGAAGAGCAGUGUCUGGGUAAUGUUGAGAAAGAGCUGGAGAGGUGGCAAAACGCAAGGAAGGCAAGGAAAGCAAACAACGAGGGUAUGAAUUUGCAGGAAACGAUGGACAAGGAAUUAGAGACUCAUAGGAUGGAGCAUGGGCCAAAGAAGAGAAAGAUACCUGGAGGAGGAGUAGGAGAUGAAGAUGAAGAAGAUGAAGUAGAGGAUAUCAAUGGUGGAGAGGAUGAAAUGAUAAUGGAUGAUUUACUGGAGGAGGGAGGAGAUGGAACCAUCAAGGAGGAAGUGGCAACUGAUACAGUUAAAGCAGAAGCAGUGGAGGAAGAUAUUAAACAUGAGGUUCUCUAAGUCAUAUAGUUUGUUUGUUCUUGAAAUUUGGUGGAGUUUGCGAGUUAGAAAACUGGUCAAAUCUAUUUUGGAGCGUUGUAACGUGAAUUAUGGUAAUUUCUAGGAAAGAUUUGCCUUUGUGCUAUAUAAUUUGUUUUGUUUAUCUGCUAGUGUAGUAGCCUCAGCUUUCAUGCAUCG